GUGACAAGUAACACUUUUGUAACGCGUGGCACCUUCGGCUUAUGUACUGAACACGUAAUUGCCUUAGUUUUUUACGACACAUGUCUUAUUAUAUUCCAGCUCAUUAAACAUGUUCAGGAUGAAACAGACUUCAAAUAGCACGAAAUUUUUUCAGUAAAUAACCAGCAAACAAUUGUCUUUUAGUAGCAAAGAAGGUCUCACGUAUUUACAUAUUUAACAAAAAAACUGUGUACUGACUUAUCUGAUUUAUCCGAUUACUGCAAAACUUCCGAAUUUUUUGCAAGUUUUGGAAAUCCAUUAACUCUUAAGUUAACCACUAUGGGGCCACAUAUUCCAACACCUCCAAAAUGUGAAGGGAAAAAAGAAGUUCUGAUUAAUGAGCAGUACUACGACGUCACCAAUUGGAUACCUCGUCACCCCGGGGGAAACGUGAUCAAAUUCUACACGGAAGAAGGAGAAGACGCCACGGCGGCAUUUGACCAGUUUCACGGGAGGUGCAUCACCACGGCGACAAAGUUUUUGAACCAGCUACCAAAACGGGAGGCAGGAGUGGGAAAUGGUCUUUCUCCUUCUGACAAAAAUCGCACCCGAAACGACGCUCUCUUCAACAAGGAAUUGGCCACGUUAAAAUCCGCUUUCGAAGCCGAAGGGCUCUACGCCCCGUCCUACUUCCGGGUGUUCCUUCGCUGCAUGGAAGUGGCAGUCAUCAUCAUUUACGGAAUCUAUUUGACCAAGAGUAGUACCUCCCAGGCGGUACAAUGGUUCGGUCUGUUAAUCACCGGGUUAGGAGUGGGUCGUUGCGGGUGGGUCGGACAUGAAGCCGGGCAUCGGUCACUCACCGGAAAUUUGAAAAUCGACAAAUUUAUCCACCUGCUCGCCUUCUCGUUGAGCAUCGGGAUUUCGCCGUCCUGGUGGAACAGCCAACAUAACAGACAUCACGCGAUGCCGCAACGUAUUAGGCACGACGUUGAUCUGGAAACCCUCCCACUCAUCGCAUUUAACAAGAAAGUACUUCGAGACUAUAAGAAUAAGGGAUCUUCCAUCAACAAUUUCUUUAUUCGGAACCAAGCGAAAUUGUUUCUCGUAUUUGAUACCUUUUUGGUCGGGCUUUUUUGGAGACUUUUCCUCCACCCUCGCUACAUUUAUCUGAAGCGUGCCUAUGAUGAAGCUUUCUUCGUGUGUUUGCACCAUCUCAUCUUCACCGGAUUUCUUGGACUUGUCAACACAUUGGUCAUCUACUUCAUCGUCGCGUUCUACCUUUUUGGGACUUUUACCCUGAACCACACCCACCUGGAUGUCACCGAAGAAGGGAAAAGUUGGGUCGAGUACGGCUUAGAGCACACGGUGGACAUCACCUCCACCCCGUUGACGGAUUGGUGGAUGGGUUAUCUUAACUUCCAGAUCGAGCAUCAUCUCUUCCCGCAGAUGCCGCAGUAUAAUAAUCACCUCAUUCGAGAUAGAGUGGCCGCCCUGGCGAAAAAAUAUGACCUCCCGUAUCAAACGAUCGGAUAUUGGGAAGCGGUAGGAAAAGUUUUCAGGAAUUUGGAAGAUGUCGGACAGCAUGUUGGGAAUUAAUGGAUAAUUAAAUUAGUCUAAAUGUAGUAGUUAUGAACACUUAAAAAUCGAAUACAGGUACAUGCAUAUAUUGAUUUGGUAAUAAUUUUAGACGGAUUGGUAGUACAGUAGUUUAUGUUAAUUUUUUUGAGGUAUUGUAUUUAUGUGAUAAUAUGCUAUGUAAACGUGCAAUCUCCAUAUUCCUAUGUUAAAUUCUGGAGAAUCACAAGCACAAAUCUUGUUCAAUUCUCACGUGAUCGUAAACUAUAAAUAUAUUCUGCCUUCACUUUUUCUGAUCUUUCUAACAGCAUGUAAAAGGUAGAAUUUGAAUAGGAACCCGUUUGUUAGACGUGUUACUAACAUUUGGCUGAUAGUUGAUUAAUUUGGAAAACUUUCGUGCAGUACACAGUUCAAUAGGCACAAAAUGCUCGAAAAGGAUUUGUGAUUAAAUAAAAUUAAUUAAGUAAUCAAUUGUAUAAACAUAUAAAUCAGUACCUUAUUGAACAUGAGUUCACUUAAAUUGAGGAGUAAAAUAAAAUGAUUUUAAAUACCCUCAGA